AUGUUGAGGUUUACUCAUGUGCUUAAUAAUGGGGCGAAACGCUCUGCUCUUAGUUUAGGAAGAAGCUACUUGCGUGGUUUCGGUUCCAUGCAUGGACCUCGAGUUGCUGUUUCAACUUUAAUCAAAAAAGACAAGAAACCUAAUGGCUUUCGUGGUAUGUUGGCUUUAUUUGUAGGUAUCGGAACACUCGCUGUAAGCGGGCUUUCUACAAACUUAUACAAUGAUCAAAAUGUUAAGGAAGAUCCUUGGAAAAGUGUGUCUGUUGAUAAGUCUAUUGACCCGUUUCCAACUGAGUUAAAGGCUCCUGAGUUCCCCAUUUCUACUGAAUAUGUUAUGUUAGGCUUUGGUAUAAGGUCGGUUACUUUCAUUAGUUUCAAAGUUUAUGGGUUAGGUAUCUAUGCUGCAAAAGAGGAUUUGGGAUUAAUCCCUAAAGUAUUGGAUUCAAACUUUCUUUCUACUGCGUUCAUUGAUUUCGACUCCAGUAAAAGUCAUCAGGAGAAUUUGAAGACUGCUUUAGACAACCCUGAAACUUCCAGAAUUCUCAUUAACAACUUAUUGGAUAGUGGAAUCAGAUUGGUCGCAAAAAUCACACCUAUCAGAAACACUGACUUCAACCAUCUCAAAGACGGUCUUGUGAAAUCCAUUCUUGGGCAUCCGGAUAGUAAAAAGGAUGAAGAUAGGUUAACGAAUGGAUUACAACAAUUACGCGAUGCUUUCUCAAGAAAAGGUUCAGUACCAAAGAAUAACGAUUUAUUGAUUGAAUUGCAAGCCAACGGAUAUUUGCAAGUAUCCUAUUUCGAUAGAAAAACAGGAGAAUCCACCACAAUGGGACAGGUAAAAGAGACAUUGAUCGGUAAAUUACUCUUCAGUCAAUAUUUAAGUGGACCUAAACCGUUAAGUCCAAGCACAAAAGAUUCUGUGGUAUCUAAAUUAGUUACAUUGGCUUAA